AUGAGAGGCACUAGUCUUCAACUCGCCAAUAAGAAAACCACCAUCAUUGAUAAGGAAAAUAUCACGCCAACAGGACUCAAGUCACAACAACAACAAAAUUCAAAGCCUAUGAAGAAGGAAUUUUCUUUAAAGCCUUCGAACAAACUUGAUCUGAAGAGAAAAUUACAAUCCACUACUAUAUCACCACCACCAUCCGGUCAAUAUAAAAGUCCAUCAAAGAAGAAGAAAUUUGCCAUCUUUGAAGAUCAAACUUUUAAAGUUAAUCGAGUUAAUUCAUCAUCACCUAUUAAUUCACCAACAAUACUUUUAGAUCAAACAAUUAAUACAACAUCUACUACUAUUACUAACACUAUAAUACAACCAGUACUCGAAACAACUAGUACACAAAAUACAAUUAUUCAAUAUGAAAUAGUUGAAGAAGAAGCAAUUAUUCAACCAUAUUUGGAAAAGAUUAAAAUAUUAGAAAAUGAAAUUAUAGAAUUAACUAAUGAUAAAACAUAUUAUCAAUUAAUGUAUAAUACAUUGAGUAUUAAUAGUGAUACUAGAUUAACAAUUGAUUCAUUGAAACAACAAAUAACAAUUUUAGAAACUACUAAAAAUGUAUUUAGAAAUAAGAUUCUUUCAUUAGCAAAAGAAAAGGAAAUGAUGAAAUCUGAUUUUGAAAAUCAAUUAAAUUUACAAAAACAAGCAGAUAAACAUUUACGUGAAGUGAUGCAACAAACUCAUGAAGAAGAAGUUUUACAAUUACAAUCAGAAAUUGAACAAUUGAAAAAUAAGUUACAAACAAAUUAA